AUGAGCUUGUUCGACAACCGUCCCUUGACCCAAGCAACUCUGGCCGGCGACGUUGAUGAAGUCAAGCACCUCCUCGAAGGCGAGGUUGCCGAUCACGACAAGUCUGCCGCAUUCCGCAUUGCUACGGAUCUCGACCAUGUUGAGAUCAUGUCUCUACUCCUCCGGAUAGGCGUCAAGCCCUCAUUCCUGGAGUUCUACGUGGCAAUGAAGAAUCGUUCGUACCCGGCCCUCGAUUUGCUAUUGCAGAACGGCGUGGAUCUCGGCAGAAACACCCGAGAUCCCUACCUCAAAAUGAUUUGGGAGGACGCUCUCUCUCACUUGGAGCUUGUCCGAUACCUCGUCGAACACGGUGCCAAUCCAAACGUCCUCGACUUGGAAAAAUUUACCCCGUUUGCGUGGGCUGCGGCUUUGGCGUCGCGAGAGACUCUCGAUCUGCUUCUCGAGCAUGGUGCUUCAGUCCAUUUUGGCAACCCGCUACAUAUGGCCGUUCGUCACGGCCGCGAAGACGACAUCAUCGAGCUCCUUUUGAAUCAUGGCGCAGACGUGAAUGCAAUCGAAUUCGAAGGGAAUCCGUCUUACUACUAUGGGAUACACGCCGGUGUCGGAACCCCGCUACACGAGGCCUAUGUUAUGGGCAAUGACAGACUGGUUCAACUUCUUCUCAAACAUGGUGCAGAUCCAAAAAUCAGAGAUACCAAAGGCUGGAUGCCCAUUCAAAAAUGCACAAACAACCGUCACAUCAGUGCCGCUCUCUGA